GGUUAGGAUGGAUGUAGAACGAGGAUUUUGCUGGCGAUGUGAGAUGAAUAAAGCAAAGAAGAAAUGUACUCAUUGCAAUAUUGCUGAGUAUUGUGGAACUAUUUGUCUCGAUCGUGACAAGAUCAGACAUCAAGUAGAAUGCGACAUGUGGAAUAGAAACAAAGAGUGUGCCAGAUGUAUGAAGAAACUUAAAUGCUCAUUGUGUUCUGCAUGCAAAGAAAUCACGUAUUGCAGCCGAGAAUGUCAACUCAAACAUUGGCCAACUCACAAAGCUGAAUGCAAACAAAUUCGCCAACAAGUGAAAACGUUGGCUGAAAUUCACAGACUCCAUCUUCAGAGUUUUAAUGAAAUGCAUACGAUUGAUGAUUUCCCUUACUUUUUCGGGAACACUCUAGCUACCGAUGUACUGAAACUAGGUCUCAAUGAAGCUGAACCGUCUUCAAAAAAUGUUGCUUCUCAACUUGCAAAAGAUUACAGCAUUUUAUUCGCUGGUGUUGGAGACUUGCGAAAUCUUCUGCUAACAACAGCAUCGCUUCCAAACAACUUCACUGGUAACAUCAGGUUUACCCUAAACGACAUCGAUCCAUUUGUUUUAGCAAGAGGUGUACUGUUCCUAUAUAUGAUGAUAACUCGGAGCUCAAGAAAAUAUAUUGAGGCCUCAAUCACGAAUAUAUGGUAUUCGAUUCAACUCCCGGAUGAAGAUUUCCAUCUCCUGAUGUCAGCCCUCAAUGAACUUAUACAACACACUGUCGAAACGCUGAAAGGUAAAACAAACAAUCUUCUGGAUGUAGAGGAGAAAGAUUUUGAAAUGAUGAAAGAGGUUUGGGGAAAGUGGAGAGAAAUGGAAUGUGAGACUGGAAAGCAUAAUUCCAUUCAUUUGUCUGCUCAGAGAUCCAGCAUGUUUGACAGAGAUCCCGGUUCAUCCGAUGGUAUAUCAACUUACAUUCACAUGAUUCCGAAAGAGUAUCGCGUAUCUGCAAAAGAAUACUUUGAAAAAGGAUUGUUUUUACCAAAAUAUGUCCUUAAGAGAAGGGAGUUAAAAUAUGAUAACCCUACCCUAACUGGACGCCCAAGGUUUGCGGAUAAAGGUAUGCAUGUUCCAACAAGACCAAAAUGUUAUAACUUCGUCUACUGCAUCCGAGCUGAUGUAUUACCAUUCAAUGGUUGGGAUUACAUCCAGGCGAAAAGUGUAUCGCAACCCAACUCAAUCGUUGAUUUAUUCCAUACAUACAUUGCCAGCAUUAUAAAGUCUGCAUCAAUAUUUUUUGGAAGAAAUAUGAUCUAUUCAAAGCUCAUUCUCAAAAAUUGUACAGAUCUUUUCAAGUUAUCCAAUGCUAAGCCAGAAUUCGACCGCAUUAUGACGUCAAACAUUGCAGAUUUCACUAACAUCAAAGUACUGCUAUCAUCAAUGCGCCCUCUUCUGAGCACAACAAACAAACAUGCCGUACUUGUUACAGAAUUACUGAACUGGACAUACACGUGUCCAGAGGCAGAUUUGGGGAAUCUACAAAAUUCAUUCAAGAUACACCGCUUAGGUUUGUCAGACAAAAUGGUAAAAGACACAGGGCGCCGUGAGCUUGAAAAUAUGCUUCAAGGUAUGAAAGAUUACUAUGACGACACUACAUCGUUCACUCGUUACUUGCGCAUUUUGGUUCUUGCGAUAACUGAUAAACCAUCAGUGAAAGAAGAGGUUCCAUUCUUUCUAAAAGCUUUUGACAAUAUUGAAGGUUUCCGCCUGAGAGAUUUCACAAAAGAACUUAAUAAGGUAAUACCAUUUAGAUAUCGGUUGAACACAAGGCCAUGUAAUCAAUGUACUGGAUUUGAGAGAAAUUUAGAAUGGCAACUGGUUUAAAUGUGAACUACCAACAAAUUAGAAGCACAUAAUCUUUAACCCAAGAUUUAAAAAAAAAAUGAAAAUUUUGUGAGAUACAAAGUGGUGGGUAGGAAAAGGCCAGGUAGAAAAGGAUGACAAAGAGCCAAUAAAUUAGUGUCUAACGAAUCCUAAAUUUUUGUAAUUAUUUAAGCUAAGAUAAGAUUCCUUUUCUGUGACCUAAGUAAACCCUACUCAGCACCUAUUGAGUCUCGGCCAUCUCGGACACAGGUAGGAGCCUCCUAUCCUGAUUAAAGUUAAUAAAACUCACUGGCAUGGAAAUAAAAUAGUAAUGUUUUGUACAAUACGAUUAAUUAGAAACAGACAGUUGAGUCAGGCUUAUGAUUUUUAUUGGCCUGUCUGUUCGAAUUUUAAUUGUGUUAGUUUAAGUCCUUUGUUUUGUUUAGCAUUAAGUAAAACAUUUUAUUUCAAAAUUGUGUUUAUGUAUGCUGAGUAUUUUAAGCUUGCUUUUUGUUUGUAAAAACUGGUUUUUUUUUUUCUUUUUUGGAUGCACCACUACUGUGUGGGCCACCGAUCUUAAGGUGUUAUUCGUAAAGAAUUGAUUGAUUGAUUGAUUGAGUCUUUUAUAGGGCUUUAAAAACGGUAAGUGAAGGAGAUUAACGAAUGAACAAAGGCAAUGAGUUUCACAACUCAGCUGCAGCAGUGGUCAGAAAGGCUCUCCACAUGACUUCAAUCUCCAUGAUUGACAGUCAAGAGUAGUAGGUUCGGAGAGUACGUCGCAGAGCAAAAGCUGUUUAAUUUAGAAAUACAUGGGGGUGAUAGAUGAUGAAUUGAUGUAAAAAAACAGCAACUCAAGAACUACAGUAUAAAACAGCAUUCUCAAUAGUUCAGUAAUUCUAUACAAUGCAAAGUGAUAGAAAAGUAAAUUAAGGCUAACUGAUUUUAUAUACAUAUGGAUGCAAAAAAAAGAAACUAUA